AUGGCGAUAAAGCUGAUGACAAAAGUCUCUUUGUUGCUGCUUAUGUGGCUGCUAGUGCCAUGUGUGGACGCAGGUAGCUGGCAGAGCUGCCGUAAAGUGUCCGUGGCGAAGUGUGGUGUAGGUGACAGCCGUAGCGGUGGCCACGAGUACCGAUAUGACAUUGGACCGUACCGGUACAAGUGGACCAAACACCCGUCCGAAGCAACAAGCUACAAGGGGCCGUUUGGAUACUCAUUUGCUUUGAGUCAGAUGUUCCAGUCGUGUCAGAUCUGCUCUAACGAAACAAGGCCUACACAGGGGGGUCCCAAUCAGAACCCCUCGCCACAAACGAGAACCAAUAUCAUGAUCGUUGACAACAACGUCGGCACGCUUGGCACUGACAAGGCAGAGAUCCUCUCUCAGAUCCCAUGUGGUAGAAUGUGCAGGUUGUGGUUUGUGGGUUGUAACCUAACGGCAAUAGAGGUAGGGGCGUUUGCUAAGUUGCCACAGGUAUCUACCCUGGUCAUCUGGCGGAGCAACGUCCAGACUCUGAAGAACAGCACGUUUGCUGGGAUGCAGGGCCUGAAGUAUCUGCUGAUGUUGGAGAACAACCUAACACAUCUGGAGGAUGGCUGCUUCUAUGGGCUACCCAGGUUGUCCUACCUCGUCUUGGUGGACAACCAAAUCCUGACGCUGUCGCCUGGCACGUUCCUGGGAGUGGAGCCACCCUGGUUUGACGUAAGUGCCAAUCACAUCACUAACGUAGCACCGGGGACCCUGCAGGCGAUCAAGCCCGUAGAACUUGUCCGUUUCGUGCAGAACAAACUGCGCUCGAUCGACGCGGGGAUGUUCCACGGGCUUGAACGACUGCGAGCCCUGAACUUGGAGGGUAACAAAAUCUCCCACAUUGCUGACGGCGCGUUCCACGCAAACACGAAACUGCAUUCCCUAAACCUUGCAGAAAACAGGCUGACCUUCCUGUCUGGUGGUUGGUUCAAAAAAUCAUUUCCAGGCUCUCUCGUCGUGUAUGGAAAUGGUGUUGCCGCCAUUGCGCUGGAAGGGAGGGGGUUGUCUUGGAAAAGAAUCAACAUGAGCAAUCGUCCGCGCUGUACGUGUGCCAAUGAUUGGCUGUACGAAAACGGGGGCGGGACCAACCCAAAGUUCAAGCAGCGCUAUAGAGGUACCAUACGGGCAGCAAGCUGUCCCGCCUUGGCACUGAUGCGAAACCUCUCCGCGCCAGUCUAUCCCAGCGACACCCUGCCCUGCCCGCCACCGCUAGUGGAGAUCGGUACAGCCGAACGCAUUGCCGAUCACAAGUACAGGGCCGUGGGCAGAGUGUACUGGGAGCAGUUGCCCCAAGUGUCCUGGACCUUCCCUCCAAACGACUCACGACACUCGUUCGACAUGACGUACGAAAAGGACACGACCACUCACGACAGUCUCCCGAUUGGUAACCUGACCGUGAGAGUGGUGACCGACCUAAAGGCUGAGGGCUGGGUGAAAUGUAAGGGGCCAGAAUCAGGAAAUCACAGCCUGUGUUCUAACUACAUGGUGAGGUCCAGCUUCACCCUUUGGCUUGAGACCGCCGAGCCCUUGCCCUUUGGGAACACCACUUGUACGGCUUCUUCGGAAACUGGCUCCGACACUGCCGUCUUCGCGGUGAGCGCGCGCGCACACUCUGACACGACAACACUACAAGCGACAGAGCUCCCACACAUAAACACGACACCACACUCAGCCAGUAUCCCCUCUACACCACUGUCCACUAGCGCAAGUCAUGAUGGCCACGACGAUAGUAUGUGCAGCUGCACAUAUGCAUGGUACAAGGUGUUGGCAGUUUCUGGCUGGUUACUGGCUGUUGUUGAGUGGCCGGUGAUUUUGCUCUGUGGCUGGUGUGUGGUCAGGCAUAGUAAAGCCCCAGGUAACUGUGCAGGUCCACCCCGCAAUGGCGAUCAGGUCAACGCCUGCUCUAGGUGGCCUUUGUCAGGUGACAACUCGGAUGGCUCAGUGAUCAGUCCUUACGCUGAGGGGCGUUUCGACGAUCACGACAGCUCGGGUGUGUCAGUGAUCAGCCCCUACGCUGAGGGUGGUUUCCAGGACCACCCUGAUCUGCGCAGGGCCGGUUCUUCCUGCUCAGAAGCCUUCCCGUACGGCCAGGCCAAGCUUGGCGCAGCGUACGCAGCCCGCCCCCGCGCGCAGACCCACCCCGUGCCGUCCCGCCCGUACAACACCGAGCGCCCCCGUCAGACACCAAACAGGGAAAGGGCCGUCGUGGCUGGCUAUGGUCAAAACGGCAGCGAUGAGUCUGGUGGCAAAAACUGCUACCAGCACCCAGUCAUUCUGUACAACCAGCAGGGUGCCACAAAGUCCCACGCCUACCAGCAGAAUGUCGGCAGUGCUCUGCGCACCGGCAAGGCAGCUAGCUACAACUCCCCUUCCCUGUUGGGUGCCACAAAGUCCCCCACCUACCAGCAGAAUGCCGGCGCCGGUCUGCGCACCGGCAAGGGAGCUUCCUACAACUCUCCUUCCCUGUCAGGUGCCACAAAGUCCCCUACCUACCAGCAGAAUUCCGGCGGCGCUCUGCGCUCUGACAAGGCAUCUUGCUACAACUCCCCAUCCCUGGCCACACAUCUAGACCGUACCCUCCACAGCACACAUGACCAGCAUGGCCGUAGCAAAGUUCUGUGUCACUCUGUAGAGUCUACUAAAGUCAAAAGCUACGAACCUGCACUGUAG